AUGCAGUCCUUCUCAAGAAAGACAGCUUGUGCUUGUGGAAAGUGUGAACAGGAGAUUGGAUUCAUUUUUAGCGAGCCAGAAGAAACUGGAAGAAAAAACGCAACGCUUCAGCAAGAAAACGUCAAGUUGCGAACUGAACUCUCAAAACAGGAGAGACUAAAUAACACCAAACGCGGCUCAAAACGUAAACGUACAGAAUCCAAACUAGAAGUUCCUGUGGAUUUAAGGGUAGGUUUACGUACUUAUUUUAUUGCUUUGAUGUUAGAAACUUUUCAUUGUGAGAGAUCAGAGUUUGUACUUAUUCUUUAGAGCUGACCGUGUGAUAGCGUGUCUUCAAAGGCGCCGACAUGCCUGUGUUGUAAAGCACCGCAGGAGCCUACAAACCCACAUUGUCUUCCCCUUCGCGCCCAAUUUUAGUAUUUAAGAAGUGAGAACAUAUAUUUAGAACAUAUAUUUAUUUCACCAUUGAAUAACACGAGAUCGAUGGAGAAAGUUGCUGUUGGAAGCAACCGAUAAUGAUCGAUGAUGUGGUUGAUCUCAAAGCAGAAGCCGUGAACAGGGUUAUUGGUUAUAUGCUUCUGUUUCAAUUUGCAGGGUUCGCACAGUCUUGAAAAGUCCUUGAAUUUCAUUUUUUCCUUGAAAAGUCCUUGAAUUUUCUUCAACUUUGAAUGUAGUAGCCUGGAAAGUGUUUGUUGAUGCUUUUUGGUUGUCCAAGACAGAAUAUGAAUCAUAGCUCAAAGGAUGUAAAGGUUAUUUACACAAAAUGCUCAAUGUUUUAUGCAAUAAUUAACUAUCAAUUUAAGACAAGUGAACUGAAAAAUGUAAAGAAGUUGGUGAAGCAAACAGUUCAAGCCUUAAAGCCUUAUUAGAAUGGACUGGGAAUGUGCAUUAACUUUAAAAGUUGUUCAUAAAAUUGGAAAUAAUCCACUGUAAAAUGUCAUAGAUAGGCUUCAGUUAAAAUUGACUUAUUACAUGAAUAAGGUCUUGUUUUAACUGAGGAUAUUUUACUGAGCCUUAUCUUUGAAAUUAACAUACUGUUUUUGUCAUAGUCCCCAGUCAGAGGUGAACCAGGACAUCUUGUCUAAAAUAAAAGAAGUUCUAAAAAAAGAACACAGAGGAGAAAAUUUCCCAUGGACUGAUCUGCAAAUGGAAGGUUUGUUGUUACAUGAAUGAGCCUGAGUAUCUUAUGAAUAAGUGUGGAGAUCGAGGAGGAUGUUAUCGGCCGAUAACUCCCUCCGAGAUCUCCAUAAUUCUUCAUAUGAUAUGAAGGCCAAAUUCAAAAAUUGUUUUAUUAUUCAUUCAAAAUAAUUGCUAGUUUAAAAAUGUAGCUAAAACAUGCUUACCUCCAUCAGUGUUAAGUUCAUCUUCAAUAGUGCACGUUUAGGGUUGUUCAGCUCCGCAAAUAGCAGAUGCCGCCCUUCGAGUUGUGUUCCUGCCAUGUUUUUAGCUAUUAUUUUGCCGAGUUUUUACUCUUAAAAGAAGUGAAAUGUCCUUAAUUUUUUGUUUUCACCACCAAAACAACUCAACCUCUUCCCCUGGUCUUCUCGGCUAAUGAUACAUUAACUCUCGGUUAAUGGUACAUUAACCUGCAAGGAAGUAGCACUUUUGACGUCAUCAGUUGAUUAAAACGACAAUUCUUUCAAAUUUGGUCAUCAGUAGCUGGUUAUGAUGAAUUAUAGGUGUGCUUUUAGCCAAUCAGAAUCAGGGCAAUAUUUUGAAUGAAUAAUAACAGGGGGUUCAUUAAGGGCCGGGCAACGGGCAAAUUGACCGGCUGUGAACACGACUUUGCCCGGCUGCUUUACAUCUCAAAGAACUUCUUUUUAAUACAAGGAAUGAUUAUAAACAGUUUUAAGUUACAAUCGUGCCCUAUUCUUGAUGAGUCUUAUCGAGUGUAAAACAUACUUUGCCGUGCAGUUUCCACUUUAUUACGCGUGGCAUGAAAUCCCCUCGUUCGUUAUGUGUUAAAUACAAGAAUCGCCCCAUAAACACAUUGCGAAAAGAACUGUACUUCAUAAAUGACCACGCGAAAUGUAUCAGGAUUGCGAGCACAUGAGCAUGGCAGCCCAGAAAAUUAACGCGUUCGAUAGUGGAUUAUUUUUCGGCUUCAACCAAAGGGCCUCCAGUAGAGAAAAGGCCAAGAGGAGAGUAGACUUCUUUGUGAUCUAACCUUUUACUUGCCUGUAUAUAUUGAAUGACUUAAUCAUCACGUUCAAUGAAGCGAAGCGUGAUUUUUUAUUCGUCUUAUGGUUUACGCCAAUGAAUUAAUUUUCGGUGCGUUCACGUUAGAACAGUGCUCAGGACUCCCAUCUAGUCAUUGAAAUUUUCAAGACAAGAUGUUAAACUAAUACUUUUGUGAUUCACCUUCUAGCGAAAACUCUUGGUAUCAAAUCAUUACUAAAUUGUCUAGAAAAGUUAUCUGUUUUUGGUUGUUGAAAGUCACUGUCUGCAGCUUCAAAAUGCAGGAAAACACAUCCCUGCAACUAUACAAUUUCAAAAUUUUCCGGGGGAGCAUGCCCCCGACCCCCCUAGGGGGGGAAGGCCCUCCGGGCCUUGCCAAUUCUUUGCCCGGGUGUCAAACUCAGUUGCCCUCCUGUUCGAAACCUUAAUGAACCCCCUGUAAUAACACUUAUUAUUAUAUAAACACCAAUAAAAUACCAGGUGAGCUUUCACUUGAAAACUUGGUAUCUUCACAUGUGAAAAUAUCACCGUUGCCAUGACUACAUAAUAAAUCGCGCUUUUCACACCAAAUUACUUUUAAAGUGAAAUGGUUUGGUAGUUCAUUGGUGUUUAUAUAAUAAAUAGAGUAUUACAUGGCCGCUUGAAGAUACGAAAUUUCUCUUCCCUUGUUGAGAAAAAUAGCACUGCCUUUAGCUGAGGAAUCAAGUUCUUGUCUGUAGAAGUUAUGUACACUUACAUGUACUAGUUCCUUUUCAACCCUAGGGGCCGUUGCUAAAUUUAGAUUUGAAGAAAUCUCAGCAGGUUUUUUAUAAAAUGUUGCCUACUUUAAAAUUUCUUUUUGCUAAUUAGUGGUCUUUACGUCAACAGCUCAAUUCCUUCGUUGCUUCAGAACGGUAAAGGAGAAAUGUCAAAGAAUAAAAAAAGGAAAAAAUGAAGAGUACAAGCAGAGGUGCAAAAUGAGUAGACAUCUCACAAGUGUAAGUAUAAGGAAGUUUUUUUUUCAAACAUCUGAACAUUGUCAAAUAUAAAAACUUUUUUUGAUAAUUAUAAAUGUGACCCUCCACAGGACUUUAAUGCUAAAGGUGAAAGCACGCGCACGACACGCUUUCACUUUAAAACAAAAGAAUUUAUUUUAACACGCUUUAGCACGCUUGCAAUCUUGCCUCAUUAGCAAUUUCUUUUGUUUCAGAGGACACGCUUGAGACAAUUAAGCGUGAGCAAGUCGAACAAAAGAGCGUGUUAAAGUUUUCAAACAAAAGCUCCAUGCGAAAAAGCACAACACGCUUUCAGUGUGCGCAAAAGCACGCAAGGCGUGUUAUAUAUAAGCUAAAUAAAUUUCCUCUACAAAAAGGAACCGUAAAUGAUUAUGAACGGCACCCUUUUUGGUAACUAUCGAGAAAGAAAAAAAAGUUAUACCUCAGCGAUCGCAGCGAUAGUGUCUGAUUGAAAAAACGUUGUCGCUUGAAAAGUAUAAACAGUGAACGGUGUGACCUACUGGAUUUAUGGGUAGAACUAUAUUAGCAUUGCAAAAUCAAAGUUCUUUCCAGAAAUGUUUACUGACGAAGCUGUGCAAAGGUUAUCUUAACUUUCCUUAAUUUAAAACACAUUUGCAAUUUUCUCAGAAACAGUGAUCUUUCGGACUUAAGACACUUUCUUGCCGAUCGCAGCAAUCGCGAUCAAAUAUAAUAGAAAUCAUCAAGUGCCAGGAUCACUAAAUUCUAUUUAUUUUUUAGCGAUUGUACGGAUCGUAGUGAUCAAAUAAAAACCAGCCUGCUUUUCUAGAUGUACCAAAGUUCCAAAACGUUUCCAACGUUGCUUAAUUGAUCCGGCUGACAAUAACACAAAAAGCGAAACAUCAGUUAAUUAAUGACUGUUUCACCGCUUUUUGAAUAGUAAGCAAAAAAUGUAUUUUUUAACAGAAUUCCGAAAUUGUAUGGUGCUUUUUUGUUUGAUUCUUUGUUUUUGCCACGAUAAUACGGCGUGUUUAGAGUACUAAAGUUCGUUCCGAGAAUUAAAUCUUUGUCAGUCACACACUGAGAAAAGAGAAAAAGAACUAAAUUAAAAGUAGUCCGCGUGAAAUUCUUGAAGGCAAUCAUUUGUUCCAUAAAGUUCGGUCAUUGAAUUAAUUCAUCGAGCUCGAUCUAAAGGGGUGACGGUCAAACUACUCGAAAGUGAUGUCGUUUGAGGUUAUGUCGUCCAAAACCUGAUAAUAUGAGUUUUGUCGCCCAAACUUCAAAGAAAAGUCGCCCGCAAUCCUACCUCAUUCUACAGUGUUUUAGUUUACAGAUUCUUGUUUUUUUCGUCCUGUGAAGAACGAGAUAUAGUACACGUUUACAGCGCUUGAUUCGUCUUAGCAUAGCGUAACGAGAUAUCUUUACAUAAAUUAUGAUUGAUAGCGCUUCGUUCCUCAGGGGCACCUGACGGCGAUUUCCUCCUAAAUGCAUCCUAGCAUCCUAGGACAACUUCAGUCUUUUCGAAAUUACAAGGGCUUCAGCAUUAUUAUGUAUGUGCUGGACAGUUUCCCAUGUCCUCAUGAAAAACAAUGUAUAAUAUGUUUAUAAUGUCAUAAUGAUAUUUAUUGUCAGUGAUACAUUGUUUUUUUUUUUUCUGAUCUUAACUGCAGUAUAUGGGUGAGGCCACUUUUAUCCUUAGUUAUUUUAUUUUUACUUUCUUGAACAAAUUCCAUUAUUACAAACAUGAAUUCAGGGUUCUCAUUAAUUUUUCAAGUAGACAGCUAGGAUGUUAAAGUAGGCGACUUGGUAACUGAGUGCUGUAGGCAAUUUCAGGCUUUCACUCUCUAACUUUACUCUAUUUCCCCAAAAAGUAGACGGCUCAAACCUCCAAGUAGCCGAUUUUUUAGCCGGCUGCCGGCACUUAAUGAGAACUCUGUGAAUUGAUAGAUUAUAUUUAUUAUUGAAAGACUGCAACACCAUUAUUUAGUUUGAUUUUUGUCCUUCUUUAUGUUUUUAUUAGAAGCUGGUCAGGCGAUGUGGGGCUUUUGAGCUUAUAAGAGAAUCCUUAUCCUCGCGCCAGAAGCAGCUUGCCCCAGAGGUGCUCUAUGUGGAGUACAUGAGCAGUGAGGAGUCUGCCUAUGAAGAUGAGGAAGAUCCCAUCACUGGUGAAGUAACACAGAAACUAAAGUGUUAUUUAACCAAGAAGCUCUCUUGGGAGAGAAGAGCCCUGACAAACUUAAAAAGCAAGCUUGACAGAGCCCAUUAG